AUGGAGGGCACAUCUGAAGAGAAGAUGCCGCUCCUGGCAGAAGAGGGGAAGGCACAGGAAUCCAAAGCUGAUGCUGAUGAGGACUCCAUGAGCUACGAUUCCCGGAACUUGCUCAGCUUCAAAGUCUGGCAAAACUUGGCGGGCACCGUUUGGACCAAGUCGUCCCUUUGGAAGAUGAUGGGAAUCCUUCUUCUCAUUGCAUUGUCGGUUGCAGCCAGCGUGGCAGUGCUGGUGAAGGAUCCCGCCAAGCUCAACGUGGCCAGAUUCCAACGGAUUAGCUCCUUCUUGGAGGUGGUUGUUGGCUUACUUCUUGGCUUCUUCCUUUCAAGCUCAAUGCAAAGGUGGUACAGCUGCACCAAUGGCUUCUUGGAACUGUUCGAUGCCAUCCGCGGUUUGCACAUGCAGCUGAAUGCCAUGGGUGUCGCCAAGGACAAGGUCCAACUGUGCUUGCGCUACUGUGUGAUGUCGGCCUACUGCUUGAACCACGACCUGACGUCCGCCCCAAUGACGCCAGAGGACCGAGAUGCCUACUUGGAACAAUGUUGGAAGGAUGUGACGGUGGAGAAGGAUACUGAGAUCAAAUGGGAGCAAUUCCAAGAGCAUUGCUCGUCUCCUGCCCAACGAGACCGAAACAUUGAAGCAAAUCGUCGAUCCUGCUCAAACACUCUGGGUUUGGAUCACCUCUCUGUUAUCUCGUCUGGCUGCUGA